AUGAUUCUUUUGUUGGUUGGGGUGUACAUUGAUCGCUUCUCAUGGGAGUUAUAUAUCACUGAGGAGAGAUCAAACUGGAUCGAUGUGAUGUCGUUCGCUGUGAGGGAAGCGUUGAAUGGUAAUCUGAUCGAAGCACUAGGUGGAGGGCUGAAGAAAAGCAGAUCUAUGGCUCAUGUUCCGAGGGAUUCGUAUGUCGUUAGGGAUUCGAAGAGUAAGAAGAACACGACGACGGAGAAACUGAAAUCGACGACGACGAAGAAGAAGACUGGAUUUUGGACGAAGUUGCUUCAUCUGAAAGGGAAAGGCGGUGGUGCUGACGUCGGAGUGGUUACUUCACGGCAAAGAGUUUAUUGA